CUUCUCUCUCACCCCGGCCCCGCGCACGUCUCUCGAAAUGCCGGUCGAGACUGAAUUGUAUGACCUUCUCGGGGUCUCCCCUUCUGCCACCGAAGAUGAGAUCAAGAAGGCGUACAGAAAGAAGGCGAGAGAACAUCAUCCGGACCAGAAUCCUGAUGAUCCCUCGGCACACCAGAGGUUCCAGGAGAUGGCGUCCGCGUACGAGAUCCUGAGCACGUCAGACACGAGGGAAGUCUACGACAUGUAUGGUAUGGAGGGGAUGUCGCGCGGUGGUGGCGGAGGUGGCCCGGACUUCGGCGGAAUGGGUGGUAUGGAUCCCGCAGACAUCUUCGCGGAGCUCUUCGGCGCAAGUAUGGGUGGCUUCGGUUUCGACCACGGCCCCUCGCGCGGUCCGAGACGAUCGAAGGGCCAAGACUCCAACAUCCCAUACGAGGUCACGCUCGAGGAUUUGUACAACGGGAAGACCGUGAAAAUGAAUAUGGAAAAGGAGGUCGUCUGUGGGAUUUGCAAGGGCUCGGGUGCGAAGGGGAGCGCGAAACCAAAACCUUGCGUGAAGUGCGAGGGCAAGGGCUGGACCACUGUCACGACAGCACUCGGACCGUCAAGACUUGGCACGCACAGAGCCAUGUGCUCAGAGUGCGAAGGUCAUGGCGAGAAGCUUAGGGAGAAGGACAGGUGUAAGAAGUGCAAGGGAAACAAGACGGUCAAGGACAAGACCCGGCAGGAGAUCUACAUCGAGCGGGGUAUGGCUGACCGGCAACGUGUUGUCCUCGCUGGGGGCGGCGAUGAGGAGCCCGGCAUUCCACCAGGCGACGUGAUCUUCACUCUGAAGACGCGCCCUCACGAGUCCUUCGAGCGGUCAGGGAACGACUUGCUCACGACCGUGCAUAUCACCCUUUCAGAAGCCCUCCUUGGCUUCUCGCGUAUCCUUAUCACGCAUCUCGACGGCCGCGGGGUUCACGUAUCUAGCCCUGCAGGCAAGAUCAUCAAGCCCGGAGACAGUAUCAUCCUCCGAGGAGAGGGCAUGCCCAUAUACAAGAACCCCGACCAGAAGGGCAACCUCUAUGUCAUGCUCGAGAUCGACAUGCCGGAAGAGAGCUGGCUAAAGACCAUCGACACCAAGGCGUUGGCAGGCCUCUUGCCGCCAAAGAAGCCCGAGAUGGACCCAAAACCGGCUGUGGUGGACGAGGUGCCGUUCGAGGAGAGCGACAUCGUGGACGUGCGUGCAACGCCUUUCAACGCUAGUUCAAGCUUCUUUGAUCACGCGUCUGGUUUCCAGUUCGGCGGCGACGAGGAGGAUUGGGAGGAUGAUGAGGAUGACGACGACGGCGCGGAGCCCGAGUGCCGCCCGCAGUGAUGACGACCUUCAUAGAUGUCGGGAUGCUUUUGGGAUAUUCACGUUGGUUCCUUCUUCAUACUGUACACCACCAUCUAUUAAACACAUACCCC